AUGUAAUGUCUUGGUCGUACUCAUAAUAAUAAUAAUAAUUAAGUUUUUAUGUCGUUAGAAGUUGGUUUGCGCCAAGUACUGUCAGCUCAGUGCACAUUUUCAGAACCACUGCCUCUGUUGACGUUUCGUUGACAUUUACACGUCACUGUCAAUCCGUCGUAGAAAUGUAAACAAAAAUUUUAUCUAUUUUUUGAAUUCAAACUUUAAAAAUGGACAACGCAAGCGGACACACCAUAAACCUAGCGAACAGUAUAAUAGGUGUCAGCAUUCUAGCGAUGCCGUACUGCUUCAGACAGUGUGGCAUUCUUCUUUCCAUAUGUCUACUUCUGAUAAGCAGCAUCAUAUCCCGGCUGGCCUGCCACUUCCUACUUAAGUCGGCAAUUCUCGCCCGAAGGAAAACUUUCGAGUUUUUAGCAUUCCACAUCUUUGGGAGUUUGGGGAAAUUUUCGAUAGAGAUUGGAAUGAUAGGGUUUCUGCUGGGCACUUGUGUUGCAUUUUUUGUCGUGAUGGGAGACUUGGGACCUGCGAUUCUGUCUGAAAUAACUGGCGUCCGCAUUGGAAAUGCGCUACGAAAUAGUACACUGGUAGCUUUGGCUGUGUUUUGUGUCUUACCAUUGGGAUUGCUGCGAAAUGUAGAUAGCUUGAAUGGGGUUUCCACUGCUACGAUAGGGUUUUAUUGUUGUUUGGUACUGAAAAUAGUGAUUGAAGCACUUCCACAUAUCUUCACAGGAGAUUGGGUUAGCGAAGUAAUUUUGUGGCGACCAGCUGGGAUUCUGCAGUGUUUGCCGAUAUUUUCCAUGGCGUUGUUCUGUCAAACGCAACUGUUUGAAAUCUACCAAGCUCUACCAAACGCAUCUUUAGAAAAAAUGAACAGUAUGAUCAGAGUGGCAGUGAAUAUGUGCACUUGGGUUUACAUUUUCGUGGGAGCUUUUGGAUAUAUUGCAUUUUUCCAAAAACCAUUCACUGGAAACGUCUUGCUCACAUUCACACCAACCAUCACCAGUGACGUAAUAAAGUUGGGUUUUGUCUUGUCACUAGGAUUUAGUUUUCCAUUGGUCAUUUUUCCAUGCAGAGCUAGCCUCUACUCUCUUCUCUAUAAAGGGACUUCAUAUACUAACCUUCAUGAAGGUGGCGCCACCAACUACAUUCCUGAAGGAAAAUUCAAAAUGUUAACUCUCGUCGUAGUAUCAGUUUCGCUCAUUAUCGGGAUCAUGAUACCUAGUAUUGAGUUAGUUUUAGGUUUGAUAGGAUCCACAAUCGGGGUUAUGAUUUGCGUACUUUUUCCCGUAACGUGUUUCAUCUGCAUUUCACCUAAAAACACCAACGAACGAAUUUUAGCCCAGAUUAUGCUUUUUGUGGGCGUAAUCGUCAUGGUUUUAGGAACCUACGCCAACUUGCAAGCCGUCGAAGAAGCUAAAAACUUUCACAUUGUAACUGAAAAAGUACCACCGGUGCCGCAGGUCGCUCUCAAACCUAAUAUAGUGGAACCCGAGAAACCUGUCGUGAUGGACAUACCCACAACGAUUAAAAUAGUUAUCCCCGAGGAGAAGAAACAAAAACCGCCCGAUGAACCACCGAAGUUGGCUGAAGCACCACCCCCUGAACAACCCAAGAAAGAAGAACGUCCCAAAGAGGUGCGUCAUGAGCCGCCUCAACCCGAAGAACCGGUAGAAAACCAAGAAACACAAAAACCCGGCAAGACUGAAGAGAAGAAAGUUGAGAAAACCGACAAGCAGGAGCCGGUGGUGGAACCUGUACAGCCAGCAGACGACAAACUUGAAGAACAGCGCCAAAAAGAAACAAUCCAGAAGGUUAUAAAAGAGGCGAUUAACGAAAAAAAGCCUGUCGAAGUUCCCGAUGAAACGAAGAAAGAGAAAGAGGUCAAGAAGAGCGAGGAAGUUGACAUCGAAGCCAUUAAAAAAGAAGAGAGUGAAUUAAAGGAACAAGAAGACAAAAAAGAGAAAGACCCAAAUCAGAUUCUUCUAGAUACGAUACAGAAGCAGAACGAGGUUCAGAAGGAGAUAGUCGAGCAGCAGAAGAAGCUAAUUGAAGUGAUUCAGAAGCAUCAAGAGAACCAAGAUGUUGAUAAAGUGAACGAGGAGAAAGUCAAAGCCGUGAAGCAGAUUGAAGACAUAGCGAAAAGAGCAAUAGAGAGCAUUAGUGGAAAAGAUAACAAAAACGCCCCAGAAAAUAUGGACAAGCAAGACGAAGAAAGUUUAGCUGCAAAAGAACCUGGUCCUAUUCCUGAAGAGAAGAAAACGGACCGCAAAAAAGUUGAACAAAGAGGGGAAAAAAUUACGGAACGUAAAGAAGAGAAAACUGGUGAUAACAAAACCGGGGUCGUAGAAGUGAACUUGAAACCAAAACAGAUAAAGGAUCAAGAUAAAGUCAAAAUGGUACCGCUGCCGAUAGUUCUAGCGCAACUAAACAACGCCACGCUUGAAGCAAAAGUGGUGGAAAUGGACGCAAAGAAUAAGACUAAUAAGAAAGAAUCGGAUGUUAAGGCAAUGCGAAGGGAUAUCCUGUCAGAGAGCGAAUCGGCGAAAGCAAGGACGAAGAGGGAAGUUAGUGACAGCAAAAUGGAAAAUUUGAACAAUGCGGUAAAGGAAGUGUGCGAGGAGUUAAGUAAGUCCACAAGUACUGAAAAACCCAUAAUUAAAAUGUUGUGUAAGUUGUCUGAGCCAAAUCUAGAGCCAGUUGAUCUAGGGGUCCUCGAAAACCAGAAGAUGCCGGAUGUACAGCCCCAGAAGCGUGAUUUAAAGCAGUUUGCUGAGAAAUGAUCUGUGAUUUGUGUGGUCUGAUGUAUUUAUGUAACGUGCGUCCUGUACAGUUUGUAAAUAAAUAAAUAAAUUAAUAAAUACAUGUUAAGAAAA